UCGUGUUCACCUCCUCAGACUGCACAGCCCUAUUUAAAGGUCCGGGGAGCUUUCGUUUUAAAGUCCCUCUUCAUCUCACCCUGCAAGAUGAGCGCCAUUCUUUCAUGCCAAGACCAGUACUUUGUAGGGGGCCAGGGCUAUGAUUGCCCCUAUUCCCUCUCGACGUCAGCAGCCAAUGUUGACGUUUCCAAGGAAACAUUGGUCUCAUUUUGGGCCGCUGGUCUCCUGGACAACAGAGCCUGCCAGCACGAGCCUCAGUCGCAGCAACGCUAUUAUGAGCUGGACUCUGGCAUUCAAGACAACUUUAUUUGGAAAGAUCACUUGUCCCCACAACUGCAAAGAAACCAGCAGCUUCAGGAUACUUUGUUACAGAAAGAAGAAGAACUGGCAAGGUUACAUGAUGAAAACCACAAAUUGAAGGAAUAUUUAAAUUCUACUUUUGUCAAGGGCUUGGAGGAAAAAGCUAAGAUACUUUUGCACAAUGGUCCUGGAGUGGAUUGCAGACCCAGAAAUAAGAGGAGGAGGGUGCUUGGGGAGGAGGGUGUGCCCGCUUCCACUGCCAGUCAGCUGCUACCUAGCAGCUCCCUAAAGAAAGCCUGCAGGAACCUGUCCCUGGAGUUCUGCACUGCGGAGGAGCUGGCUCAUACUCCCCCCGUGGACUCGUGGGUCCUGCAGACCCUUGGACUGAAGGACGUUGACACCAUCGAUCAUUCAGCUAACUACAGUGAUCUACUGACCUCGCUCGACGAUCAGAAUGCCCUCCACGCUGAUCCUGGGGCGAUGGACAACAGCAACACUGGCCGUGUGUCAUCACAGCUGGGAUACUGCCCUGAUCCCGGGGUGGGAGUGGAAUACACGGGCAGCCCAUGCAACUUGGAUUCCUGCUACCUCCCUCGGCUCUCCUCCUCCUCUCCACAGGCUCAUUCCACGCCUCUGCCGGGCAUCGCCACGCCCUCCCUGUUUAAAUCCCCUUACAGCAUAGACGUUUCCCGCAAUAAAACCGAAGUUGCCUUUACCAUGUUCCUCAAUCCUCACCGCAAUGUGAAGACUCACAGCUUCAAGCAGGGGCAGGCUUUUGUGUGCAGAGAUGAUCAGGCUGGCUGGAAGUUCACAUGGGUCCCCAAACAAUCUGAGUAAUUGUAGCCUGCUGCAUUAGUCCUGCCAUCUGAAGGACAAAGUCUUUACUGUUUACAUAAUAUCGAUGCACUUCAAUUUGCCUGGGUGAAAUGUUUUUUUUUUUUUCUUUACUUCUUCACUUUUUAUUUUGUUUUAUUACUGUUAUUAUUUUAUUUAUAGUCCGGAAGAAUGAAUGACCCAGCCCAAGUUAGUUACAAUGCCUAAACUUUUAAAAAGGGGGAGUGGGUUGGGGGUUGAGACUUUAGCACAUUUACAGAUGCCUAGGCGGAAUGUUACAGAAACUGAAAUCACACAAACUGAAAUCAGAGAAUACAGUAUUGUAUAGAUUAGGGAUUAAUAAUUGUGCUCAGCCUUACUCGAAUAAAAUAAAUUGGAGAAAACAAAACACAGAAAAAAAACCAAAACAUUUUAUUGCAAGCUCUGGUAUUUACUUUGUGGAAGGCAUUUUA